GACGAUAUCUCAUGCUCCUGUUUUGACCGGGUUUAUUUGGUCGACGCACUCAAAUUAACGCCAAUGCUUUCACACAAGAGAUAUUAAUUCGAACUGUUAUCAACCAACAUUUAAAUACUCCGCAGUAUGGGAGACAAGACUUUGAGAGUACUCGUAUGCGGGGACGUUGAAGGAAGAAUAAAUGCUUUGUUCAACCGGGUGAACGCCAUUCAGAAAAAGAGCGGUCAAUUUGAUUUGCUUCUGUGUGUUGGUGACUUUUUCGGAACCUCCUCUGAGGCUGAAGCAGAAUGGGAGACAUACACAUCUGGUGCAAAAAAGGCACCCAUCCACACUUACAUUCUCGGGGCAGCCAGCCAAGAAACCGUAAAAUAUUAUCCAAGUCCAGAUGGCUCUGAGCUGGCAGAAAACAUAAUUUGCUUGGGCCGAAGGGGCAUAUUCACAGGGGCAUCGGGGCUUCAGAUUGCUUAUGUCAGUGGCAGCGAAGCUAAACAGGAACCUGCCCCCUCACACUGCUACACUCCUAAAGACAUGGGUGCCCUUGUCACUCCGCUGCUGUCUAACUCAAAGUUUCGAGGAGUUGACAUUCUUCUGACCUCACAGUGGCCUCGAGGCGUGUGGCAAUAUGGAAACAGUCCCGUUAGUCCUUUAAAUGAAGUUGACACAAAGUGUUGUGGGGUUUCGUCCAUUGCAGAACUUGCUGACAAGCUCAAGCCUCGCUACCAUUUUGCAGGACUGGAAGGGGUACAUUACGAGAGGCUACCUUACAGGAACCAUGUGGUCCUUCAAGAGAAUGCACAACAUGUAAGCAGAUUCAUCGCCCUGGCAACCGUCAACAAUCCUGCCAAGAAAAAGUACUUGUAUGCCUUUAACAUAGUCCCAAUGAAAACCAUGGACCCCACAGAGUUGGUCAAACAGCCACAGGAUGUCACAGAGAAUCCCUACAGGAAACCUAUGAAAGAUGGGAAGAAUGAAAAGCCGCCCUCCUUUGUGCCUGAGCCAGAGGAGGAACCAGCUGCACAGUUUUUCUUCGACAUGGGUGAGAAGAAACAGCAGCAUCAGGGCAGAAAGAGACACACGGAUGGAGACCGAUCCAGUCAACACAAACAGCCCCGCAAACCGCCACAGCCCAAUGGACCCUGUUGGUUCUGCCUCGCCAGUCCAGAAGUUGAAAAGCAUUUGGUCAUAAGCAUCGGAACGCAUUGCUACAUGGCUCUGGCUAAAGGCGGCCUUACCCCGGACCAUGUUCUUUUGCUGCCCAUCGGGCAUUACCAGUCAGUGGUUGAUUUGGCAUCUGAGGUGGUUGAAGAAAUGGAGAAAUACAAGACUGCCGUCAAGAACUUCUGCAAAAGCAAGGGCUGUCGGUGCGUCCUCUUUGAGAGGAACUACCGCAGUCAGCACCUUCAACUACAGGUAGUGCCUGUACCCAUGGAUAAGUGCAGUACAGAAGACAUCAAAGAGGCGUUUAUGACACAGGCUGAAGAGCAGAAGAUGGAGCUGAUGGAGAUUCCACCUCACACAGACCUCAAGCAGAUCGCUCCCCCGGGAACGCCGUACUUUUACGUGGAGCUGGAUUCCGGCGAGAAGCUGUUUUAUAGAAUAAAGAAAAAUUUCCCUCUGCAGUUCGGCAGGGAGGUGUUGGCGAGCGAGGCGGUGUUGAACAUCCCAAUGCGUGCUGACUGGAGAGAAUGUAAAUGCACGAAGGAAGAGGAAGAGGAUUUUACCAAACAAGUGCGCUCUGACUUCCGGACCUUUGACUUUGCCCUGGAUGACUAAGGAAACAUGCUGGAUACCUUUAGAUUUUAAUUUCUGUUGAUAAACCUCGCGGAUGAGGUUAUGAUGUCAGUGUACAGUGUCUACAAAUAUACAUUUUAAACCUUUUAUGAUUUUAAAAUCUUAUGUAGGAAGCGGUGGAAUUUGUUUUGGGACUAAUUAAAGUCAUUUUUUUCAAGUU